AUGCCACCGAAAGACCUCCCACGCCGUUCAAGUCGAAGAUCAGCAACAGACCAGAAUGCCUCACCGGCCGGCAUCACCAAACGUUCAAGCGCACCAAGCCCAUCACCUAAGGCGCGAGCAAAACAGAUCAUCUCGCUGGUCGAGCGCCGUCUCGUGAAUCCAAAAGAUGGUCCGGCCGACCGACGCCUGAUGCAGCACGCUGAAACCCUGCUUCGCAUGGUUCCUGCCAAAGGCGAUACGGGAGAGCACUACUGGCAGAAGCAAAUCCUGACUCGGAUCCGCGCUGCACUCACGGGCGAGCCUAUUACGAUCGAGGGAUGGAUCAAACACAUCUGUUGCGGGAUUCUGUCAGAUACCGGUGGGGAGUCUCUGCCACGACUCUUGGAUUGUGAUGCCGACGAGGUGGCGAAAUUCAUCCUCGAUUCCGUGGUCAAGCCUUACGCGUUGAAAUGGCAUCUGUUCGAUAAGGUCUCGGUCGCUGCUGCUUGUGUAGUGACGGCUGAUCAGCUGCUUGGAGGGGGCUCGACAACGGAGUUCGUGGCAUGGAUUAUUGCAGGAUUUGAUCGAAUCGAGGAAAUGGAUCAACAGAAGGCGUAUAAUGAGAGAUGCGGACGAGCUCAGAGAAUCGUCGGUGAUAUUCAUCGCUCUAAGACGAUGGUAGAUUCGGCUAUGCAAGCAAAGGGUGGCUGGACAGAAGUCUUUCUCCAAGCUAUUGAAGAGCGGGUUGUUGGCCCGAGAUCAAGCAUACAUGCUGCAUGUCUCUAUCCCUGA